AUGAACGUGAUUUUACUCGCCAGCCUUGUCUUAAUGACAGCAUUCGUAGUGAAUGGCAAUCCUGUUAAGGGAUCGAGGGACUUAAACGACUUACGUCGGUACAAAAGAGCAGGUCCUUCAAAUUAUGAACCAGUGGGUUGCUACAGUUCUGGGAAACUGAAAAAGGCGAAAGUAUUCGGCAAGAAGUCAUACAAGAAGAUUAAAGCCGGAGCAGAGAGACCCAUUGAUCAGUGCAGUGAAGGCCAGGAUUAUGCCAUCAUUGGAAUCCAGGGGAUAAAGAAAGACAUUUCGUGUUUAAAUGGAAACGAAGCAAAAUGGGACCCAAAUGAUUUCAAAAUGGAAAAAGAAAGCAAAUGUCCCGGUGGAGCAGGAUCGAAGAAGACAAUCUUCAUCUACAAAAAAAGCGUGAAUCCAGGGAUCGUAGCUGACGGGAAGUGCAGAUACGGCGACAAAGUAUUCAAUGACGGAGAAGAAGCCCCAAUAUAUCACAAGACAGGCGACGUGUUUAACGACUAUUGUGAAUUGUGUGAGUGUAUUAAAGGAAACCUGACUGACUGUAUGCACAUCAAAUGUGACACUGGGUUGAUGGGCUGUAAAGAAAUUGUUUAUCCAUCAGAAAGUGGGGAGUGUUGUCCGAAAUGCAAAUCAGAACCUUUAAGGAGGAAGUGCGACGGCAGGCGAUCUUGGUUGAGUUACGAAGAUGACGUAUGUUUAUUUUGCGAAUGCCACGGGCAAGUUUCCGCAACGUGCCGCGUUGUCAAACCUGCUUGCCAAGCUGUAAGUUGCAAAGAUCCGGUUAUCCCCGUCGGAGAGUGCUGCCCAUAUUGCGAACCACAAACAACUCCUCCGCCAGUGUUUACAAUCAAACCAACGGAGGAUAGACCAGAACCACCCUUCCCAUUUCCUUUCUGAAGUGAAAUCAAGAAGUAAAGAUGUUGCAGAUAAUCUAUGAAAUUUACAGUCUUAUGGUGACUUCUCAUCCUUCGUUAACUGUUGUAUUCUGCAAAUGUCAUGUUGUUUUAUAGAAAUUACAACCAGAAAUAUUAAAAAUGUUAAAAAGCAA